CUCACGUUUUUUUUUUGUGGUUGUUGCAGGCUGUGGGCGUUCACUGCAGGAUGGGAAGAGGAAGGUCUGGAGUCAUGGCCGCCUGCUACCUGGUGCGUUUCAAGGACAUGACACCAGAGAGGGCCGUGUCGGAGAUCCGGCUGAUUCGGCCCAAUUCCAUCGAGACGCCGGAACAGGAGAGGUCCAUCAUCAGGUACUUCGACUGUUUACGCGGCACCGCCUCCGCCCAGAUCCAAGCAAUCGAAGAUGACACCGAGCGUUUCAACAAAUUGUAAAC